CAAAGAUGGCCAAGAUCACAACCCUUUUCUUGACGUGUCUCCUCCUCCUCUGCGCACUCUCAUCCUCCUUUGCUCUCCCCGAGCCGGUGUCUCUCGAUGUUACUCCAGUCGAGACUAACCGUGUGGGUGUUGCAACGGAGCGCGGCGAUGAGUUGUUGGAUGAGAGCUGCAAAGGAGUUGGCGAAGAAGAAUGCUUGGUGAGGAGGACUCUGGCUGCUCACCUCGACUAUAUCUACACCCAAAAGCAUCAUCCUUGAACUUGAUUUCCUUUGUUGGCGAUGGGAGAAAAAAACUUAAA